AGUGUGCGUCUGACCACAGAAGCGCGUACUCAAGUUCUAAUUGUUGGCGUGCUGUUGAAUUUUGGUUGUUUCCCAAAAUCCGAACUUUUUACCACAGGAAAUAUGGCUUAUCCAAACCCAAACUAAUAAAUAGGUGAAAUUAUUCAUUGUGAAACUCUCCAAGAUAUUGGGGAAAUACUAUAGAAAAUUGAUAAAUGUAAUGUAUAGUUGAUAUAUAGUAAUCUAUAGAUAGUUGGAAAAGUUGUGUCUGGGUGCGUUUUUGUUUCUUAAGGUUUUGUUAUUCGGUAUUAAUUUCAUAUUGUAGUAUGGAUUGUAUGCUUACUUGCAAUGAAUAGGCUAAUACUUGAUUUACCUUGUAUAAAGACACUUUUUUGAGGGUGUGAGAGAUGAAAAUGUAUAACAUUUUGAAAGAGUAUCAGAGUAGAACACCUUUUUGAAGUUUUUUUUUGUUUACUAAUUGGACAUUCUCACUAAAAAAUUUCAUCUCUUGGAAUUGUGAUUUUUUCACAGAAUCGACUAAAAUCUGUUGAUUUGUGGAUUGAUAUGUGAAAUACGCUGUGCUGUAUUGAAGUUUCACUUGGAUGGCAUUUAAACCAUUUAUUGUGGAUGAAAGGUAGUGUCUCAAAUUGUGAUUAUCUACUCCAUGAAUUGAACUUGGGAAUAACCUAUACAGGAUGAUUUACUGCUGACAAUACAUGCCAGGAGAAGACAUGACAAACAGCAACAGUAAUAGCAGUAAGGCGGUUGAAGAGGAAGAAAUCAGUUUGGCACUUAUUGCAAUAUUAGCGGUGGGCACCCUGGCAAUGAUGGCUCUUCUCGGCUGCUACAUUUGUGUCUUCAGGCAGCUAUGUUGUCAGCCGCCGCCCAGCUCAAAGCGUCGCAGGAUGGACUCGACAUUCGGCCAUGAUGAAUUGCAAAUGGGAGACACAACGCAGAAUGUGGAGAUCAGCAUGGCCACAGCCACCGACACUGAUCAGAGAUAAUAGAUCCAACCCAUCCACCGCUCCACGUUCCAACAGAUCAACUCAAUAAUUGUGCAACCCUCCCGCUAUCGUAGAACACGAAAAAUAACCAAACAGGUAAAGAAACUCGAGAAUG